AUGGAUGCCGUCACUGCCGUCAUAUUUGCAUUUGAUGCCAAUGCGAUGAAUCAGUUAAUGAACGAUAUCUUUGUGGGUUCAGUAGCUGAGUUUGCUGAAGAGAAGCCAGCCAGCUUGUUAGACCUGAAGAAACUGACACGCAAUAAGAGGAAUGCUGUUGCUCAUUACAAACGCUUGCCUGAAUUCUGGGCCUGGUACAAGUACUACAUGGACACCCAUAACCAGGAGGGAAUUGAGAGUUUGGACCAGCUGUACUUGAUCUACCUGCAGAAUAAGCAUCGAGUUGAGGGGGACAAUACCUACAAACAUUACCUCACCCACCUGAGUGAGGUCUACAAGGCCUGUGCUAAAUCAGAUGACCCUGACUGCAUUCCAGAGUACACAAGCAAGCCCACAGCUAAGGUUGUUAUACCAGCUGCCAUGAAGCAAGUGCCAGUGAAUGUGUGUAAUCCAUAUCUUGAUCCCUACUGUAUAAUUUCUGUUGGUCCUCAAGCAGCACCUGAGGAGCCUCCUCCUGCUCCUGUUGCAGUUAAAUCUCCCAGUCCCUUUCUGCUCCCCACACCCAUAAAAACCCCAUCUGGACACCAUUACUAUGCCUCAGCAUUGGAACCUUUUCUCUCAAGUGAAAAGAGAGCUGAGCUGCUCCGGAUCUGCAGCCCAUCUGAUGUAGAGUGCUUGCAGUAUCACUUACGUGCUGCUUAUGGUUAUAGACCUGCUCUUACCCCAGUGCCUUCCAAUACCUAUCUGGGAUGUGACCCUACUAAAGACCCUUACUGCAGGCCCACAAUGGUAGCCAAGACUCCAUCAAGUCUGUAUCAUGUAUACCCUCACUGUAACCCGGCUGUUGACCCUCUCUGCGUCAGUAAUAUAGCCCCAGCUGCCCAAAGUGCAGAGAAGGCUUCUAAGGAACAGUACUGCAACCCUCUGUUUGAAAAGGAUUGCAACCCACUCACUGCCAACAGGCUGGUCACACUUAAGACUCCUGUGCUGCAGUAUGUGCCACAAGGCCAGAUGACUCCCUACCACCUAGCUGCCCUAAUGAAACCAUUCCCGAUUAGCCAACAAGCGAAAUCCAGUGCUUCUGGUACCACACCAGAAUGCCAUCCAUAUGAUCCCAGCUGUAGCAGAUUUUCCCCUCUGGCUUCCACUGCGGCAGUCAAGAACAUGCAGGGUGGCAUCAUCUUACCCCACCCUGACUGUGAUCCUGAGAUUGACUACAAUUGCCGUCUGCGCCGUGCAGAACCCAAAGACAACAGAAAGACAGCUGAGGAACCCAAGGAUGAGCUGGAAAGUGGUGAUGACGCCAGCAACGCCAAUGUAGCGCCGCAGUACCAGGUCCCACGAUUCGAGGAUUUCCUGAGGGGAUACCUGGGUCACUAUAAGAAAUAAAAGGACAUGCCAUUAUCUGAAAAGCUUUAAACACUCAACCCAGUUGUAGUGUUUAAAAAAAAAGGAACUCACAAACAUGCUAAAGUGUUCAGGUCAACAUAGACCUCCUGGUAAUGAAGCCAGAACUCACACUUCAGAAUAGUUCAGAACAGGUGAAACAAGUGUUUUAUAGGGAUCAUUUCAGAUCAAUACUUUCUGAAUUUACAAU